AUGGCGAAUCUAAUUUCGUUUCAUGAUGUGGCUAAACAUAAGUGCAAGAACGAUUGUUGGAUUCUUAUCCAUGGAAAGCUUUCUCUUCUGUUUCUAAGACCAGUGAUUCCACAGGUCUAUGACAUCAGCACUUUCAUGGACGAGCAUCCCGGCGGUGACAAUGUUCUUCUCGCCGUCACCGGGAAGGACGCGUCGAUUGAUUUUGACGAUGUGAACCAUAGCAAUGAAGCAAAGGAGACAAUGAAGAAAUAUUUAAUCGGUGAAGUUGACCAGUCAACAGUUCCGGUGACGGCGAAGUAUAUUCCCCCGUGGGAGAAGGAAUCUACAACGGUAACCACAAAAGAGGAAUCUGCAAAUAAGACCCUUGUUUACUUGGUUCCUCUGUUGAUUCUCGGCCUUGCUUUCGUUCUCAGAUUCUACAACAACAAGCAGACAAGUUAA